AUGGCGGCCGAGGGGAAGGUGAGUGGGAAGGUGUACAGAAUCUUAGCUUUCGGAGACAGUCUUACAACAGGUAAUACCGGAGGAGAGGAGAACAUACAAUUAGACAAGCCUUACACAAUCCGUCUAUCGCAAUUGUUGUCGGAAAACCAUCCUAGUGUGAAGUUUAAAGUAGAAAACAAAGGCAUUUACGGCGAGUUAGUGUGCGGUGGAAUGUCAUACAGACUGCCAAAGGUUUUAAACGAAUACGGACCGUACGAUGUAGUGAUUAUUUUGGGAGGAACGAACGACAUCAUUGAGCCUAAAGAAGACUUGGAAGACACCCUUUUUGAACAGAUCAAAAGGCUGCAUUCUGAAGUAAAGGGGCACGGUUCAAAAUGUGUUGCUCUAACAAUUCCUGAAACAGAUGUUAAUUUCAAAGACGUGGGAAAGAAUGGUUUGUCUUGGGUGAAAGAAGCAGGGGACAAUAUUCGUUUAAAAGUGAACGGAAAGUUGAGGGCGUACGUUAAGGAUUGUGGUGGUGAAAUAAUAUUGUGUGAUUUAGCGGAGAAAUUUCCUCAGAAAAGUUUGAGUGCAGAAAGUUUGGAAAAAUUAUGGAGUGAUGGCUUGCAUUUUACUGAAGAAGGCUACAAAAAAAUGGCCGAGAUUAUCUACGAAGACUUGAGAUAUCUAGUUUCUUGA